CUUCAGAAAAAAAAUUAAGUAAAUAAAAGGAAAAAGCCAGAUUCCUUUAAACCUCAAUAGAACAGCAACAAUAGUGUGACAGAUUUUCGUCUUCGCGGUGAAGAUUUUUUUCUUUGUUUUUUUCUUCUUGGGAGGAAAAUGGAGUGUGUUGGUGCUCGGAAUUUCGCUGCAAUGGCGGUGACAGCUUUUCCCUCUCGAAGCUCCCGGAGGAAUUUUCCGGUGGUUAAGAGAUACAGCUUUAGGAAUUUCCGUUGCGGUCUGUGUAGAGUCAGAGCUAAAGGCGGCGGAGCAGGUUCCGGUAGUGAGAGUUGCGUGGCGGUGAGAGAGGAUUUCGCCGACGAUGAAGAUUUCGUGAAGGCUGGUGGUUCAGAGAUUCUAUUCGUUCAAAUGCAGCAGAACAAAGACAUGGAUGAACAGUCUAAGCUUGUCGAUAAGUUGCCUCCUAUAUCAGUCGGUGAUGGUGCUUUGGACCUUGUGGUUAUUGGUUGUGGUCCUGCUGGUUUAGCCUUGGCUGCAGAAUCAGCUAAGCUAGGACUAAAAGUUGGACUGAUUGGUCCAGAUCUUCCUUUCACAAACAAUUACGGUGUUUGGGAAGAUGAAUUCAACGAUCUUGGGCUGCAAAAAUGUAUUGAGCAUGUUUGGAGAGAUACUAUUGUGUAUCUAGACGAUGACAAUCCCAUUACCAUUGGCCGUGCUUAUGGAAGAGUUAGUCGACGUUUACUCCACGAGGAGCUCUUGAGGAGGUGUGUAGAGUCAGGUGUCUCGUAUCUUAGCUCCAAAGUCGAGAGCAUAACAGAGGCUUCUAAUGGCCUUAGACUUGUUGCCUGUGAAGAGAAUACCGUCGUUCCGUGCAGGCUUGCCACUGUUGCUUCUGGAGCAGCUUCGGGGAAGCUCUUGCAAUACGAAGUCGGGGGACCAAGAGUCUCUGUACAAACUGCUUACGGCGUUGAGGUUGAGGUUGAAAACAGUCCAUAUGAUCCAGAGCAGAUGGUUUUCAUGGAUUACAGAGAUUAUACAAACCAGGAAGUUCGGAGCUUAGAAGCUGAGUAUCCUACGUUUCUGUACGCCAUGCCUAUGACCAAGACAAGAGUGUUCUUUGAGGAGACGUGUUUGGCCUCGAAAGAUGUCAUGCCUUUUGAUUUGCUUAAAAAGAAGCUCAUGUUAAGAUUAGAUACACUCGGUAUUCGAGUUCUAAAGACUUACGAAGAGGAAUGGUCUUAUAUCCCUGUUGGUGGUUCUUUGCCAAACACCGAACAAAAGAAUCUCGCUUUUGGUGCUGCCGCUAGUAUGGUACAUCCCGCAACAGGCUAUUCAGUUGUGAGAUCUUUGUCUGAAGCUCCAAGCUACGCUUCAGUGAUCGCGGAUAUACUAAAACAAGAGACUACUUCCUACACAAAACACAUCAACAGUAAUAUUUCAAGACAAGCUUGGGAUACUUUGUGGCCACAAGAAAGAAAAAGGCAAAGAGCAUUCUUUCUCUUUGGUCUUGCGCUCAUACUUCAACUCGAUAUCGAAGGCAUUAGAAGCUUCUUCCACACUUUCUUUCGCCUUCCAAAAUGGAUGUGGCGAGGGUUUUUAGGAUCAACAUUAACAUCAGGAGACCUCGUUCUCUUUGCUUUCUACAUGUUCAUCAUUGCACCAAACAAUUUGAGAAAAGGUCUCAUUAAUCAUCUCGUCUCUGAUCCAACUGGAGCAACCAUGAUUCGAACCUAUCUCAGAGUAUGAUCCUCUUCUCCACUCUUUGGUUUGUAUAUAAAUAUAAAUAAUCGAUCGAAGAACGGUAUGUGGGUUUACUAGGAAAAUGUGUAUAGAGAAGAAUCUAAGGGAUGAUGGAAAUGGAAAAGAGAAAAAAAAAACCAGUCUUGUUUUGUGGUAAGUGACUGAGAAUUGAGAGAAAGACCUUGGUGAAUUGUGAUAGUUCUUCAAUUCUGAUUGUUUAUGAUACUUAGUAACUCACUUUUCUCAUUAAGAGUUAGAUUCUUCUUCAAA